AUGGAGUCCAACAGGAAGCGCAAAGGGCUCACGAAAGCGAAGCUUGUAAUGUCUUUCUAUCGAGCAGCCAAGCCUUCUUCAACCACGCAAUAUAGUGGCAAGGUGAAGCCAAAUCCCACUCCUACUUCAACUACCACAGUGGGUUUCAUUGUCAACCAAGACCAAGUUACAACUCCUCCACCUAGUUCAGUAGGUUUCGUCUUCAACCAGGACCACGUAAUUUCUCAGACAAAGCAGAAGGUUUCAUUUGCAAUCCCUGGAGACGAGGCUGUUGAUGUGAAGGCUGCAAGCUAUAUCUCCUGCGUUCAAGAGCGCUUUAGGCUUGAACUAGUCAACUCAGAACGCAAGAGGUCUGAAGAGUACACCCACUGA